CGACUGCAUGAGAGCGCAUGCGCGUCUGUCAAACGGUAAGUGCCGACAACAUAAACUCCUCCCUGUUGACAACACACGCUGCUCUCAUCGCAAUGGUCUCCUGGCUUAUUUCUAGGCUUGUGGUGCUCAUCUUUGGUACCCUUUACCCAGCUUACUCCUCAUAUAAAGCUGUAAAAUCAAAAGAUGUGAGAGAAUAUGUAAAAUGGAUGAUGUACUGGAUAAUAUUUGCACUUUUUACAACAGCUGAAGUGAUUACAGAUAUAUUUUUGUGCUGGCUUCCAUUCUACUAUGAACUCAAAAUCGCCUUUGUGGUGUGGUUACUUUCCCCGUACACAAAAGGAUCCAGUGUGCUCUAUAGAAAAUUUGUGCACCCUACACUGUCCUCGAAGGAGAAGGACAUCGAUGAAUACCUAUGCCAAGCAAAAGAUAAAAGCUACGACACUCUAGUGCAUUUCGGAAGGAAAGGACUCAAUGUGGCAGCAACAGCAGCAGUGAUGGCUGCUAGCAAGGGCCAAGGAGUUCUCUCGGAGCGACUUCGGAGUUUCAGUAUGCAUGACCUGACAUCCAUCCAGGCUGAAGACCAAGCAACCAACCAGAGUUCUGUUACCACCCAGCCUGCAGCUACACAGCACAGAACGCGCAGUAUGAUGCGCAGCAAAUCUGAGACUGGUUACAGCUAUGAUUUUGACAUGACUGAGUAUGAGGUGUUGGAGACAUGCCCUUCUAAGGAGCCUCCCUGCCCAUUGACUUCCCACCUUGCCCCAUCGCAGCCUGACCCCCUGACUCCACUGCUUUCCUAUUCUGAGUCCUUCCAGGAUUCCUCACCUCCCUCUCCACCUGUAUCCCCAGAGGAGCCUCUAGAUAAGGGGAAGGAGGGAAAUGCCCCCGCAGGGUCACCCCAACUCAAAAUUAAGAGACGUGCCCCUGAGCCUCCUCCUAGAAACCUGAGACCCGUCACCCGAUCCAGAUCAAAGACCACCCUCUCUUCAGACACUGAAGCUAUGUGACUGUGCAUAUGCUCCGGGAGUGCUUUAGCUGUCCUACCUGCAACAACGGGAGAUGCAAUGAGCGAAGGCAGAGAAAAAAGGAAUGCAGCCAAAAUAUUAAAAUAUUCAAAAGCAGCUUUGCUCUGUUAUGAGGUAACCAAAGUGACGUGCAACAUUUCACUUUUGAUCUUUGACACUUAAUGGGAAGGAUAUACAUUUAUGGUAGGCAACAUAUAUGUGUACAUACAUACUGCUGCUCUGAGACUCCUUUGGGGUUAUUGAACUGGUUUUGUACAUAUUUACGUUAUGUUUGAGUGUAGAUCGUUUGAUUUCUCGGUAUGAUAUUGGGAGAAAACAAUGCAUGCAUGUGUCCUUGGUCUUGUGUCUCGGGUCCCCCAACCAUCCAUAAGUCAUGACCACACAGUCAUCUCAUUUUUAUGACAGGGAUAUUUAAUUUUUUGGGUUGAGUGUCUAGAACUCACAUGUUAAAUAAGGAGAGUUCAGAUUUUGG